UCCCGAAAGCAACUUUUUUAAGACCAUCCCCGUGAGAAGAACCCCAUCUUCCCAUUCCUUCCUCAAGACCAUAAACACCCCUAAACUCGAGAAACCAAAGAAAAAGAAGCCUGAAAAAAUACAAUAAACACAAAUUAAAACUACAGGGGGGAGAGAGAGAGAGAGAGAAUGUUUCAAGAGAGACAUGGUCAACAUCUUGGUCCGCCCCAUGGAAUACUACUAGCAGUAGUAGUAUCCAUAGUGGUGCUAGCUCCAUUCAUCUUUGGUGACCAAGGUCAAGCCAUAACUGAGGCUUUUGCUGAGCUUUUAAGUCCAAUGGGUCUGUUACUCUUGCCCAUUAUCCUUCUCUUGACCAUCCAGUUCCUUUCUUCUGAUCGUGGCUCUUUUGUCUCCACUAUCUUCUUUACUGGGGAGCCUGAGUCCAUCCACCGAGUUAGUGGAUCACCUGUUGGUGUUGCGCUGUUUCUUGUUCUGAUCUUGUUCUUACUUUAUAAUCGUCUGUCCAUUUUCGGUGGUGGAGAUGAUUCCGCUGAUUAAAAAGUGCUGCUUCUUCCAUGGAUCUGGUCGCUUUUCUCUGCUUUUAGUGGUAUGGUUUCUUAUGUAUACAGUAUAGUUGGAACGUAGACUUUCUUGUAUGAAUACAAGUUGGGCACGUAGAUUUUCUUGUAUGAACAGGGGGUCGGUGAUGAUUUUUUCUUCUUACGUUAAUACCCUCGCAAUGUUUGGUGAUUUGUUUAGUUUGAUGGGUAUUGUGGUCAUUGGCAAUAGUGGGAAAGCGGUAGCUGAAUUUGCAUUAUAGUGCAAUGACAGAAGUACCCUCCCUUGAUGUACUGUUUGCUAUGUUCUCCCAGUCGCCAAUAUGAAGUGAGGAUUUUAUGGUA